GUGUAUCCAGGUGUACCCAGGUGUGUUCAGGUGUCUCACAGGUGUCUCUCAGAUCUAUUGCCAGAACCUGUGCCUGCUGGCCAAGCUGUUCAGGUGUGUCAGGGCUGUGCUCAGGUGUGCUCAGGUGUGUGUCAGGUGUAUCCAGGUGUGCUCAGGUGUAUCCAGGUGUACCCAGGUGUACCCAGGUGUAUCCAGGUGUACCCAGGUGUACCCAGGUGUGUCACAGGUGUCUCUCAGAUCUAUUGCCAGAUCCUGUGCCUGCUGGCCAAGCUGUUCAGGUGUGUCAGGUGUACCCUAGGUGUGUGUCAGGUGUGUGUCAGGUGUGCUCAGGUGUGCCCAGGUGUACCCAGGUGUCUCUCAGAUCUAUUGCCAGAACCUGUGCCUGCUGGCCAAGCUGUUCAGGUGUGCUCAGGUGUGUGUCAGGGCUGUGCUCAGGUGCGCUCAGGUGUGUCAGGGGUGUGUCAGGGUGUAUCCAGGUGUGUUCAGGUGUACCCAGGUGUACCCAGGUGUGUUUCAGAUCUAUUGCCAGAACCUGUGCCUGCUGGCCAAGCUGUUCAGGUGUGCUCAGGUGUGUCAGGGGUGUGUGUAGCUGUACCCCAGGUGUGUGUAGGUGUGUGUCAGGUGUGUGUCAGGGUGUACCCCAGGUGUACCCAGGUGUACCCAGGUGUGUUCAGGUGUGUUCAGGUGUGUCACAGGUGUCUCUCAGAUCUAUUGCCAGAACCUGUGCCUGCUGGCCAAGCUGUUCAGGUGUGCUCAGGUGUGUCAGGGGUGUGUGUAGCUGUACCCCAGGUGUGUGUAGGUGUAUCCAGGUGUACCCAGGUGUGUUCAGGUGUGUCACAGGUGUCUCUCAGAUCUAUUGCCAGAACCUGUGCCUGCUGGCCAAGCUGUUCAGGUGUGUCAGGUGUACCCUAGGUGUGUUCAGGUGUGUGUCAGGUGUGCUCAGGUGUGCCCAGGUGUACCCAGGUGUGUUCAGGUGUGUCACAGGUGUGUUCAGGUGUACCCAGGUGUGUCACAGGUGUCUCUCAGAUCUAUUGCCAGAACCUGUGCCUGCUGGCCAAGCUGUUCCUGGACCACAAGACUCUUUAUUUCGACGUGGAGCCCUUCGUGUUUUACCUGCUCACCGAGGUGGAUCGGCAGGGAGCGCACAUCGUGGGC